CAACACAAGCAGAUGGACCGGUUAAUCCUCCUUUGCCUGUGCGGAGAUGUGCCACAGCACCUGUUAUCCGUCUCAUCCGUUGAUUUUCCUCAUAAUGCUCGUCUAGCCGACAAAGAAAAAAAGACAAAUGAAGGGUGGGGAAGUGGUUUGGUCCUUUCCACACGGAUUGUCAUCUGUGCAUGCCGUGACGUCACCGUCUGGCGCGACAGGAUGGGAAACGUUUCCAUGCUCCACCCUGGCCAAAUUCACCUGUUGACUCACCUCGUCGCACUUUUUGACUGGAGGCGAGACGUACGGCAUCAUGGGAGGCGUCUACUCGAAUGAAAGGAUGGCUGGAGUUUUCUCCUAUGAGAGUUCAGAGGUCGACUGGUGUGAAGACAACUACAAACACUCUGAACAUGUGGUGGAGUUUUUUAACACGAUGAGCAGCUUCAUUUUCUUCAUUAUAUCUCCCAUCAUGCUCUACCUUCUUCACCCUUACGCCAAAGAAAGGAACAUGGCAAUCCACUUGGUAUGGGUCAUGAUGUUAUUUGUAGGUAUCUUUUCUGCCUACUUCCACAUGACUCUAAGUUUCGUUGGCCAGAUGCUGGAUGAGUUGUCAAUCUUGUGGGUGUUGGCAGUGGGCUAUGCCAUAUGGUUCCCACGCAGGCUCUUCCCAUCUUUUAUAAAGGACAGGUCCACCUUCUCAAAGCUGAUCCUGGUGGUGACUGUGGUGACUUCAGUGUCCUCUUUUGUCAAACCUACUGUCAACGCUUAUGCGCUCAAUUGCUUCGGCCUGCACAUGCUCUACAUUGUGGCGGUUGAGAUGAGAUGCUGUAGCGACCAGAAGGCUUUGAGACUGGCCAAAUGGUCAGUGGCUUUGUGGAUACUGGCUAUAUCCUGCUGGAUUAGUGAUCGCUUUGGCUGCGGAUUUUGGCAGAGGCUAAACUUCUGCUACUUGCACGGUAUCUGGCACAUUUUGAUUGUGAUGGCUACGGCGUACGGGAGUACGUUGAUAGCUUACCUGGAUGCCAACUACGAGAUUCCCUAUUCGUUGCCUGGACUGCAGUACUGGCCCUGUGAUAAAUUAGCACUUGGAUUACCUCAUAUUGUCCUAAGAGGCACCACCAAGACACUCAAACACUGCUAAGCACACACACAACACAUGCAUACAUGAUCUGACCAGACAGGCUGAAACAUAACAAUGAAAAAAAACCAAAUAUGAUGUUUUACAGCUUUCUAUUAUUAUUACUAUUAUUAUCUUUUUUACAACCGAUUUUUAUCCUGUCUGUUUAUGCAAAUGAAUCGUCAUGAUUCUAAACGCUAUUUGUUUUCCUGAUACUCGUCCUCUUUUAAUAUCAAAAUAUUGCUAUACUGAAGGUCACAAACGCAAUUUCCAUAAAAAGUUCUGUUAAAAAAAACAGAUACUCUGUUUGACUGCAGCAAAUAAUUGUACAAGUGAACAUAUGUAUUUGAAUGUUUGUCUUUUACGCCUACAGAAGCAGUAUGCAAAUGAGUUUCACACCAUCUUCUUUAAAUUAUUUAUUUAUUUGUGGUUCAUACAUUCAUAUAUGCAUUUGAUUAAGUGUUGACUGUUUUUGGUAGAGUUAUUGCUCUUGUCGUUUUUUAUCCUAGCAUUUUCCAGUGCAAUGUGUCAUUAUGUAAUGUUGUGCUUUAGUUACACAAUAAAAUGUUUGACAACGAUCUAAAA